AUGGUUGGGGGAUUUUCUGAAUCCCCGAUGUUGCAGGAGAAUGUUAGGUCCACAUUCCAAGAUUUGAAAGUAGUAAUUCCAGACGAAGCAGGAUUAGUAGUCUUAAAAGGAGCUGUCAUUUUCGGUCAUCAGCCUACAACAAUAACUGAAAGAAUAUGCAAGUUUACGUACGGGAAAAAUAUUACUCAUAAAAAACGCAAAAGUUGCAAACAUCCGGAAACAAGAGUUGAAAAAGAUGAUAAUGGCGACUUACGAUGCCACGACAUCUUUGACAUCCAUGCUAAAGCUGGGCAGUCCGUUAAGUUGGAUGAAGAACAACCAGAAAUUAUAAGUAAACCUGUGACAGAUGACCAAACAAAAAUUACCUUCAAGAUAUAUGCAUCCACGUCAACAAAUCCACAGCUUACAACAGAAGAUGGGUGCAGUCUCAUUGGAAAAUUAACAGUGCCUAUUUCCGACACAAGUUCUGGAAGGGAUCAUGAAUUUGGAACAAGUUUCAUUUUUGGAGGGACAGAAAUUGUUGUUAAAGUCGUUGACAAGGACUCUGGUGAGGUGAUGUUAAAAUCAGUCGAUUUUCUUGGAUAA